CAGGAAAUUGUGUUCUAAGAGCGCGGCCGCAGAUGAAUACUUUAGCGAAGCUGUGCAGACUGAGGUUUACCUGAGAAAGAUGUAGAAAGCGCUAUUCAGACAAUGACGUGACACUAACAAAGGGGUGUGAAUUUGAGGCAGACAUGCCUCUUUUAGAAUUCUUAGCUGGGAGCAUUUCAGGUGCAUUGGGACUGGCAGUUGGACAUCCAGUGGAUACCGUGAAGGUGCGCCUGCAGGCCCAUUCUGCAUACAAAGGGAUAUUUCACUGUAUAGCUAAAACAUACUCUGCUGAGGGGCUCCAUGGAUUCUUCAAAGGCAUGGCAUUUCCGGUGAUGACCACAGGUAUCAACAACUCCAUCGUCUUUGGCUCAUACAGUAAUGCCUUAGACUAUCUCACUCAGUCUCAGCGCAGCGACCGAAAUCAAGGCAAAGAGCCUUCUGCUGCACAUGUCUUCGCUGCCGGAUGCUUUUCAGGCUUUGUGCAGGUGUUUGUUUGCGCACCCAUCGACCUGGUGAAGGUGCGUCUGCAGGGUCAAACAACAACUGCCCGAUACCGUGGCCCUGUUCAUUGUGUGGCCACCAUCCUGAAGGAGGAGGGUCCCAGGGGUCUGUUCAGAGGAGGGAUGGCCCUCGCCAUGAGGGACAUUCCCUGCUAUGGACUCUACUUCCUGCCUUACGAGGUCACGCGAAAGGCUCUGACUGAGAGCGGCAAAGAGCCAGGUACAUUUGCAAUACUGAUGGCGGGCGGCGUGGCGGGCGUGGUGACCUGGGCCUUCGCCACGCCCAUGGAUGUGGUCAAAGCCCGGCUCCAGAUGUCGGGGGCCGGCGGGCGGGAGUACAGCGGGGUCCUCCACUGCAUGAGAGUGAGCUUCAGAGAGGAGGGAGUGAGGGUCUUCUUCAAAGGCCUUACCCUGAACAGCCUGAGGGCCUUCCCCGUCAACGCCGUCACCUUCCUCACCUACGAGAGUCUCAUGAAACUUUUCUAUCCCCCGAAGAGAUGACAUAUUUAGACUCUCUAAAAGCCUGAAAACACUCCACCUGAACAAAAAGUGAUGAAGAUGUUCAGAUUGAGCAUCCUGUGAAUUGAACUGCCUUAAACGAGGAUAUCAGAUUAAGCUGCACAUUAUGGACAUCAAAUCUAUCAUACUUGACAAAAUAUGAAUGUAAACAAUGCUGCGGACCGACAAGUGUUUAUUUCCAAGCAUUUUAUUCUUCCGAACUGGACACAAAAAGUGAAUGAUGUCCUAAUAAAAACAAUACAAAGAAUGUAGAGGAUUUCUGGUGUCUGGUCCAUGGAGUUUUUCCUAAAAGCCCCACCAAGAAACAACUAGUGUAUACGAACAGGAGUCUCCUUUGGCAGUCUCAACUAAUUGUUCAUUAACAGUCCGUGUCAUUUUUGAUGUGCUGCUUCCUUUGUCAGCUCUAUACACAUUACACCUUUUGCACGGUGGAAAUAAGACCACUGAGGUGGGGGUUUUAUGUUGCAAACGGUAGAUGUUUUUGACAGCCAAGCUAAUUAAGGUCCCUGGUCUUAAAACCAUUACCUAUACCAGAACCAUUUUUGACAUCAACAAUAGAUCAAACACCUGUGUACUAUGUGCAAGGGGUCACUUGUUACAAAUUCAGAGAAAAUCUACCAACUCCGAGGUUAAUUCCCUGCUAUGGACUCUACUUCCUGCCUUACGAGGUCACGCGAAAGGCUCUGACUGAGAGCGGCAAAGAGCCAGGUGGGUGUCAGAGGCAAUAGAGCAACAGUACGACCCUCAGUAAAUAAAUAUGUAUCCAGGGCAGUUUAUG